AUGGUACGUGUAAUCACAUACAUCUUGGUAGUAUUAUUUGGAUCCACUUCUUGGUUAAGUACAAAUAGUGUCUGGAUGCAGUUACCAUUUCUUACGCAACAGUUACCGGAAGGAUGGAGUUUGCCAUCAUAUCUUUCUGCGACAGUUCAGAUAGCAUGCAUUGGUCCAUUAAUUUACUCGGUAAUUCAUAAAUGUACGCAGUAUUCGCUUCCGACGGCACCUCUUAUCUUAAUAUUACUAAUAUUCUGUUGUUUAUGUACCGGUCUGAUGGCACUUUUCUGGUGGUACACAGUAUUCUUCUAUGGACAGCAGCGUUCUAUUGCAUUGAUAGUUUUACUUUUUGGUAUGGCUUUAGUAAAUUCCACUUCGAAUGUUCUUUUUAUGCCAUAUAUGUCCUCCUGCAACAUGUCCUAUUUGACAGCAUACUUCGUCGGCAUGGGAUUGAGUGCCCUGUUUCCUAGUCUUAUAUCUCUUUUGCAAGGCAACGAUGAAUGUGUAUAUGUUAAUGGUUCACUUACGAAGGAGCCUGUACCACCAAGAUUUGGAGUAAGUGAAUAUAACCUAAUAAUGCUCGCAUGGUUGAUUACGGCAACAGUAUCGUUCGUUUUGCUUCAUUGGUCACCUUUGGGUAAAGAGGGCUCAUCUGAGCAAAAACCUACCGAUUCAAGACCUGAACUACCUGUAGAUGAAUCGUGUCCGUUAAAUGUCCGGUUUACUCUUCAAGAAAGAAGGACAAGUAAAAUGGAAUCGUGUCGUUUCGGUUUCUUGCUUUUCCUUACAGCUAUAGUGAACGCUCAGAUGAAUGGCAUUGUUCCAAGCAUACAAAGCUACGCUGCUCUUCCUUACUCACAGGCAACUUAUCAUUUUGCCUUAACUUUGUCGAAUAUUGCUUCUCCGUUAAUUUGUUUCCUGCCGCUGUUGAUUGAACCAACCCGUGUUUGGUCACUGGCUUCAUUGACAUUUUUAUCUUCUGCACUAACAGGCGUAAUAGUUGUUUUAGCAAAGAUGAGUCCUUCUCCUGUUCUCCAAUACUCUAUCUGGGGAAAAGUUAUGUUGGUUGUUCUGUCCGUUGGCGGAUCUGCUUUACACUCAUAUCUAAGAACAGUGUUUGCAACUGUUCUCCAGAAGGGAGCAGAAAAUAGUGAAUCAAGACUUUUUUGGUGUGGAGUCUUCAUACAGAUUGGCUCGUUUUUGGGUUCAUUUAUCAUGUUCCCACUAGUGAAUAUCUUUCACGUAUUCAAAUCUGCUCCGGUUUGUCUUUAA